CCAUAGCGACCUUCUCGCAUCAACAAGCCCGCAGCAAAAGUGUGAUACUUCGACGUUGAGGCCAUAGGCAGCCGGUUUUCAGUUUUAUUAUCAAGAUACAAUAACGGAGAAUAACGAAACUCACAACCAAAUAAACAUUUAUUGAGAUCGUUUUAAAAUUAUACCAGAAGCUUAGGCUAGAAGCUUGAUAAAACGCCAAAAUGUUUCAUACAACCUGAUUACAAAAUUGGAGUUAUAAUCGCCAGACUCUAACGGAAAGAUUGGAAGCAUACUUAGAUUGUUCUACUGUACUGACUGAUUGACUGUGAGCUUGAGAAAUUCGUAACAAGGAAGCUUCAAUAAAGUGGAAGCAAUGUCGCAAACUCAAACACAGACAUUACGUCGAUCGGUCGUCAAUCCGACAAGGAAUCAUGAUUAUUUAUAUGAUCCCUUAUAUACGCUUUCAAGUGAAAGAGAUCAUGCAAGAACAACAUAUAAAGCUCACACCAAAGUGGAGCGAGUUAAAAAGGUCCCACAAUUUCCGACAAUGUUCUCAGAAUUAAGACAUCAUCCUCGUUUCACAAUUCAACUCGAAAAUACAGAUCCAGUACCUAAUUUUAUUGGUAGACGUUGGAGAGGAUAUGGUGAUCAGCGAAGGGAAGCAAUGAUUAGAUAUACAACUUUCAAUUAUGAUCCAACUGUUACCGUUCCACCAAAGACAUUUCCAAAUGCAGAAGUCAGUGGAAGAAAUAGAUAUCGAUAUUUUAGACGGCCAAUCAUUCCCUUUUUGCAGCAAGUUCCGCCAGAAAUUUUGCUCCAGCCAACAACUGUUGACCCACUUGCGCCUCCUGAUGCCAUGACUGCACGACCUCGUACCCCUAGAACAAAAACAAUAGAGAUUCAGACCGACUAUCGAGAUUCAGAAGCUCAGACAGACCCAUAUUCACCAGAAUAUGUUGUUCGACCAGGAAGUGCUCCUGAACUGCUGACAUUGGCCACCUUAUCUUAUGGCCAUGGUCUUCCAUCUGGACUUGCUGAAGUUGAAAUGAUUGAAAGAGCCAGAGCAAAACGAGCUUGGGAAAAAACUCUUCCUCCACUGAGUGAUGUUAGUCAACUUGACAAACGUAGAAGAAUGAUGGAUGAAAUGGAAAGGAAGGAAUGGGGAAUUAGAGAAAAUGAAAUUGAAAAGCUUCAAGAAGCUCGCCUUGAAGUUCUUAAACAAUUAUUAAGACAAAGAGAAGAAAAACAACAGGAGCUGAAUGAUAAAAGACUGGAUAAACUCUGGAGCCAAAAACAAAAACUGAAAGAAGAACAAGUUGAGAAAAUACGCAAGGAGCAUAUAAAAACAAUUCGCAAAUUGAAAAAGAAAAGGAAAAAUGUUGAAGGAAAACUUGAAAGACCAGACAUGGUUACAAAAUAUAAUGAUCAUGCUUCACAAGUUUAUGCUCCAAUGUCAAGGAUUGGAGUUUUUCUUGAUCGUGGGUCUGAACAAUAUGUUGUCAAGAGUCGAUAUCUCAACACUUUUCAAGGUUUGCUUGAACUCGAGGCAUCUAUUCCUGAUUACAUUUCUCAACCAAGAAUUCAGCCACCAAAACGUCUGGCUACUUCAAAAGAAGGAUUUAUCAAAAGAAAAGAAAGAAGAUCUAAAGAAUUGGCUGAGAUGCACAAGGCAAUUAAAAUUGCUAAAGAACAAGGCAAAGAACCUUCAAAACCACUCAGAUUCUUGCAGAAAGUUAUCAAGCCAAUACCCAGACCUCCUACUCCGAAUGUUGAGAAACCAUCUGAGGAAAUUGAAGAAGCUGAGUUGGCAGCCAUCAUGCUACAGAAGGUUCUACGUGGUCGUGCCAUACAAAAUAUGAUGUAUGAAGGAAAAGAAAAACGUAUUGAGUUAAUUCAAGAAGUUCGAAGCACCCAUGCAUUGCAACAUGCAGAACAACAAGUAAAGAGACAGGAAAGACAAGAUGUUCUUACCUUGCAAAGGCAACAGAGAUUUCACCAACAGAAAGAAGGAUAUGUCAAUGAAGCACUAUCUCAAAUGGAAGGUGAAACAUUGGGUGACAUGUUGGAUUUCCUUUCAAAAGAACUUAUUAGAUUGGAAGAAGAGAGAAGGAUUCAUGCAUUCAGCAUGUUGGCUGAAAGAAGACGAAGAAUUCGAGAAGCAGAAGAAUCAGGAAGGAGACAAGUUGAAGAAAGGAGAAGAAGAGAGGAAGAUGAAAUUUUCAAGCAGGUUCUCAAAGUACAUCAAUCUACUGUUGAUACCUACCUUGAAGAUAUCAUUAUGGAUGCAGUAGAUUCAACAGCAGAUGAACAAGCCAGACAAGAAAUCCAACAACAUGCUGACAAAAUUAACGAUGUUGCUUACGAUUUAGAAGACAGGCGAACAUUGCUACAGUCCGAAGAGAUAGUUUCUGAACUUGUACAUAAUUUCUUGCUGCCCGAGGUAUUGAAGGUUAAUGCACGAGAUAAAGUUAAACGCACUCAAAGAAAACAUCUGUUGGCUGCUCACAGGAUCAUACACAACACUGUCGAACCAAUUAUCAAGCCUGCGGAUGUUUCAUCACAAGAAAAGAAAUAAUUUUCGAAUUUUGUAUAUUUUUUGUAUUCAAUUAGUAUUUUACAACAUUAAAUCUGCAUAGACAGAAUCAAGAGACUACAGUUCUAUUUAGUACAAUUAAAUUCAGUUAUAAGAUAUAACUUCUAAUAGAAUAACAUAAAUCAAAUUGUCAUAUAAUUCUGAUGCUGGUUCCGAGAAAUAACUUCGAAUACUGCAUUAAACCACACCAAAAAGAUUGAGAUUAAAAUACUUCGUCUGCCCUUCUAUAAGCUUGUGCAUACAUGAGGUUUGAAAAACCUGAUUGGAAUAUAAUUUAAUUCCAUGCUAAAUGGCUUAAUUUGAUAAAACAUGGCGUUUCCAGGACUUGUAUUAUAAUUAUACUUACAGGCACUUUUCCCUUGGUAAUUUUAUUCAUUGAACUCACUCACAAAUGUUCAUUUUCCACAUGUUCUUAAUUUGUUUGACAUUAUAUGUGUGAUAUAUUUAGCCCAAAUCUAAGCUGUUGUGACUCUUUAUGGAAGGAAUAGCAUGCACCUCUUUGAACUUUAUCUUAAUAAAAUUCUAUUUUAUA